GAUUACUUUCUUAAAGACUCAGGUCUCUGGUCCAGGCAGCUGUACCUAUUAUUUUUUUAAAUCCUUGUAUGGUUGUAUUGGUGGAACAAAUUCAGUUGUUUAUUUUAGGUGUAAUAGAUAGAAUAUAGAGAUUGUGUUGUGUUGGGUGAAAGCAAAUGAUUUGUUGAGAAGAGAGGAAUGGUGUUCUCAUCCAACCCACUGUCGCUCAGCGUCCCCGAGGCCGCCUUCGAGUCAUGGCUGCGAGACAGCGGCUAUAUCGAAGUCCUCGACCAGCGCACCUCCGACCUCCACCGCCUUUCCACCACCGCCGCCACCGCAACCACCUCCGACACCGCAGGCAAUCCAGAUAGCAUCUCUUCCACCGCAACCGCCACUGCCACCGGCGUCUUUGUCUCGCUAUUCUCUAGCAUCGUCACCUUCCUCUCUCUCUUCACCUUCAACCCCUUCUCCAAGCUCUCAAGCGAUGACUUCUCUGGGCAGACCCCUUCCUGGACUGCUGCCUUCGUUGGCUCCUUCAAUUCCUACUCUUUCCCUUCCUCACCCUCCCAGGCUCGGUUGAGGGUUCACGAGAACGUCAAGCGCUACGCCCGCAACUAUGCUUCUCUCUUCAUCCUCUUCUUUGCAUGUACUCUGUACCAGAUGCCAAUUACCCUAUUUGGAUUAAUAUCAUGUUUGGCACUAUGGGAUGUUUUUAAGUUCUGCAGCGAGAAAUGGGGAUUGGAUCGAUAUCCGCUUACUCGACUCUUUUUGGUUCGUGUUAGCCAAUGUGUUGGUGUAAUUAUUUUGAUGGGUUCAAAUGUUCAGAUGGCUCUGUUCUGUGCAUUGAGCAUAAGUUAUGCAGCCAUGAUUCUGCAUGCUGCAUUUCGGAAGCUGACUCCUGCAAAACAACGGCCUCGGGGAAGAUGAAAAUAUUAAAAGGCAAAUAUCCAAUGAACCUAUGCUUGGCUAUAUGAUUCAAGGAAUGUUGUUUGCAAGACAUGGUUGCUCCAUGGUGCAAUCACCUACCUGUCAUGAAGGCAUACCAGAUGAAGAAUACAGUAAAUAAAUUGUGGAUGCUAUUGAUCAGAGAAUCAGUUGCUUUCCUUCACUGCCCCAUACUUAAUUUUUUAAUCGAGGGCAGUUCCAAAUUCUGUCAGAUAUUCCUUUCCUGAAAGAAGUACUGCUCUGCAUUUCGUUUGUACAAGUUAUUAAAGUUUUGACCAUAAUCUUCUCCUCUGCAUUUUGUUUGUAAGUUAUUAAACUUUUGACCAUAACCUUUUAGUGCAAUAUAUCAGUAAGUACUGUGUUUGGCACAACCUGUGUAACAUUUGAUGAGAAACUUAAGUUCGGCGAGCUUCUUCUGUAUAAGCUUUUAUAUUUCA